UUCAGUUAUCUAGAGACGGUAGCUCAGUCCGUUCCUCGCGGUCCCUCCCUCGAAGCUAGUUCCAUUCGGAUAUAUCCCACGGCACGCCUUCUACGUCUUUUUGAUAAACACGUGUCGUUUCUACUCGAUAAACGGCCGCCGGAUAAUCCAACCAUUAUUUUAAUCAAUCAUCAAAUUUGGGCGAAGUAAGGGAGGCCAUGGGAAGAUCUGAUGGAAAAAAAUUGUUAUCAAUUCAGUUAGUGCUUCAUGUGAAAUGAAUUCGGCCAACAGAACUGUGAAGUGCAAAGAACAAACAGAAAAUCAACUGCAAAAAUCCGUCGUGAAGAAAAAUAAGCUUUUUAAGGUGUCACUUAUCACGAAUCAAUCGUCGUAAUGUUCUGAAGAAAUUCAUCCUUGAAAUAGAGAGGAAAAAAAGGAAACACAAAGUUCAUUCGUCCAUUUCCCUGUGAUUGUGAAUCAUAGAUAUCGGCGCAGAUCGUGGAGCGUCAAUCAAAAUUUGAAACUAUUUUUAUCAAAAGUGACACGUGAUUAACAAGCGAACAAAAAAUAUGAUCGAGUAAGUGACUUUAAAAAUUAUAAAACGUAAAAUUAUUGCUGGAGUCCUGUUCUGACUGUUCACUGAUAAGGAGAAGAGAAUUUUAAAUCCGUGCAAGUCCUCAAUGGAAGAGAUGACAUGAAAAAACGGGACCCCGAUAGGAAACGAUCGAGUUCCAAAUCUGGAAUAGAUUUGACCACGUCAACUUUGACCUUUCGAGAAUCGACAUUCAAUUGUCUGGCGAUAGAUGUGACCAAUGAUGGUUUAUCAGUGGCUUCGCCCUUGUCACCAGGACAAUCACCGUCCAGCCAGUACAGUGCUUCCACUAGCAUCCAGGAGUUCUCAGAAAGACCACGAACGUCGUCUGAAGCUAAUGAUGAGUUGUGGGAGGACAUUGGUGUUGUUGAGUCUCUUGAUAAAGGACUCGGGACCUCCGAUGAAAAUACGGAGGAGGAAAGGGUUGAAGCAUUGAGAGAUUUACUUCAGGAUAGUAAUAUCCACGAAGGUGAUGGCAUUGUGUCAGAUUUUUUGUUUCAUGUUGCUCGAACUAAACAUGGAAAAUUGUACAUUCGUGUCAUCCGGACUCUACUACUCAAUAGAGUUCUAUGCAGCAAUCGAGUGAGCCAAAUGACCAAGACCUAUAAUGAUAUUGAGGCAGUGACAAGGCUUCUGGAGGAGAAAGAAAAGGACUUAGAACUAACCGCCCGGAUUGGCAAAGAGCUUCUCACCCAUAACCAAAAGCUCGAAUCAACAGUCAAUGUUUUGGAAACUGAGUUGAAACAGGCAAAUGAGAAAAUAACUCAGUUGAGUCAUGAGCUUCUGAAGAAAACUGAGUUGAUUCAAAUUCUCACCAAUGACGUGGAUGAGUCAGCAUCGGAGGGGGGGACUCCUACAGCUCUCCGAGGUAUCAACCUGGACUUGAUGCAGCGUCGAAUCUAUUCCCUUGAAGAUGAGAACAAACAACUGAAGAGCGAAUUCACGCGUUUGGUCAAGGAUACGGAUGACUGCGAGGCACAAGAGGCAAGGUUAGUGAAGGACAUUGCUAAUCAGUUAGCAAAUGCUAACAUGGAGGUCGAUGGUAUUGCCGAGGAAUUGGGCCGUCAAAAAGAGGAAAAUCGGUUGCAACAUGAACAGAUAAAUAAUUUAACUACAAAACUGUCGGAGACAGAAUUACGCUUAGCCAAGUUACUAACAGAACACGAUGAAAUAGGGGAAAAUUUAAUGAUAACGCGAGAGAAUCAAAAUGCUUUAGCAGCUGAGUUAGCUGAUUUUAAAGAAAAAUAUGCGGAAAUAGCGCAUCUAUUGGAGGUGGCCCAAGAUGAGCUUAGGAAACAACGGAGGAGAGGACUUCCUACGGUUAGAGGUGGCUCAUUAUUUCCAUCAAUGGGCGCUGCACCUCAACCGGACUCGAUAGCGUCAGAGCUUGAGUCAUCUCUUUAUUCUGAGUUGAGUUUAGAUUCUGGAAUUAUGCCGGACCGAGCUCCGACGUAUAGGAAAGUAUUUGAAACUGUCAGGAGUGCAACAAGGAUCUCAAGUGCUCAGGAUAGUAAUCAGUUCCCAAGGAUUGGAUUAAUGACAACGUCAACGGUGUCUACAGGCUCCAGUGGGCCUAGAAUGAGUUGUGGACCCAUUCCCGGAUACCUAGACUCUGCUGGACAGAGUGAUACCGAAGGAUCCUUGAUUGCUGAUCACGAAGAGUAUCCCGGUCCACAUCCCACUGGUGUACCAGGUGCACCAGGAGCUGCUGAUCUCGAGGCUGCCCUUCGCCGCCUGACACCGGCAGAAGUCAUAGCCAGGCGGGCGUGUUUGAGUACGGGUACAGGUUAUAAUUUUGAUUACGAUGGAGGAAUCAUUCACUCACCACCAACAUUUCUACCGCUCGGGUGCCGCACUCCUGACAGCAUAAUGUCAACAGGUUCGAGUGGAAAUGUGUCUGGUUUCAGUAAUCACUCCAGCGGUUGGCGUUUGCCGGAAAAACUUCAGAUAGUAAAACCCAUGGAAGGCUCACAGACUCUCCACCACUGGUCUCAACUAGCAACUCCCACUCUGGGAGGACUUCUAGAUGAACGACCUGGUGUCAAAAUUCGUGGAGGACGAGCUCUGGAGGAUUUAGGGCUUGAGACAUUUACAUUAGCAGACUUAGAGGAAGACGAAGAGUACUCAAAUCCUGGAAAACUUUUCCAAGACACAGGCUCAGUUUAUACUUACACCAACAGUACUGUCCUUCAUCCAGAGGAUCCUACUCAUAUCAUUUCGAGCGUCAUCGGUUCCAGGGUGGCCACAGCCCCUAGUAGUGCCAUAAAUUCAGGUAUGAAUACACCCAGAACUCUGUCACGACGCAAUUCAACAACAACAUUCUCAACAACUCUCGGUCUUGCCAAAAUGUUGAAUGAACGGGGAAUCAAGGCAGUCACAGCUUCUUGUAUGGCAACCCCUUGUAGUGAACGUAACUUCACCCCUACGGCAACGCCUUGCAAUAGCCCUGAUGGUACUCCACCUUCGUCUAGACCUGCUACGCCUGAUAAUAGUCCGGAUGAUAGUCCAGUGGGCUUUGGAAUAUUUUCAACUGGCGCUGAACUGAUUAAAAGAACAUUCGGCAGUGAGCCUUCACAAUUACCGAAGAAUAAACGUAAACGCAAGACUAUCCUCUCGAGGUCUGAUAAAAAAGCUUUGACGGGUAUUCGAUUGGUGGAAACAUUAGAAAGAAUGGGAAUUGAUUCUAUCAUGGCCACUGCUGGGGGAUCCUCUGUAUUACCUCUGGCACUUCAGGGGGCACUUUGCACCAGAAGGUCUGUGGAUAGUCCCAUGGCACAACUGACAUUUCUCAAGAGGUCCAUUUCCUCGGAGAAAUUAGGAUCUGGCGCUUCGUCACUCUGCGGAGAUUCGACUUUCAAUGAGAUAGAUGAGGAUAAGGAGGGGGAGGUGCCCGACAAACCGAUUGUUGGAGUCAGGGGACAAGCCGGGAGGCGAAGAGGAGGAGGGAGUAUGAGACCUGAUUUGGGACAGGUUACGAGUGCUGUAUCUACAUCAGUUACCAAGGAGUCAAGCACACAAUCGACCUUUGGGGUGUUGAGUUCUAUUUUGUUUGGGCGAAAGGGGGGAUUACUGUAGACAUAUUCUCCAAGAGUGAGAUCGUGACGCGAUGGAGGGGGAGGAGGAAUUUGAAAGGAAUCGCCUUCAGUAGUUGAUAUUUUAUUAUUACAGUUUAUACAGUUCGAUAUAAAUGAAAUCAAUCUACUACUUCUUUUUUAGAUUUCAGAAAUUGUGAUUCAAAUAUGUUGACAUGACAAGCCUGAGGUUGAUAAAUUUGCCGAAGGGGGAGUUAUAGUAAGAAAUUAUUUGUUUAAAAAAUAUUGACUUGUUAAUUGAUCAGAAAAGUCUCCUGACGUAUAUUUGAUUCUGUUGUAAGAAUGGGGAGAUGCACAUAAUCCAUGGAUUUCCGAUCUCUUCAGCGUCACCUAGAUAUAUUCUAAUGUGUUAUUAGGAACCAUGAGACUCCUCCUUCGACGGUUUAACAGUCCACGAAACUAUAACUAUUUACAGUUAUUGUUUUAUAAAUUUACAAACGCACCUUUUGACGAAUAAUUCGCCCAAACAAUCUACAAUCACAUGGAGAGUUCCAUUGAAUUGAUUUCUAUCGAACUGUUAUGCAGUUGAUUCCUGAAUUGAUUCAAUCCUCAUUAGUUUACACGCUGUUUAGGGAAUUAUGCAUUCACCUGGUGCAUAUAAUGGAAAUAUCUUCUUUUGCAUUUUGUUCAAAAGACAAAAACAAAAUACAACAGCAUAACUUCUGUGGUGUAGAAUAUAAAUGUGUAAAUACGUAUAUUAGGUACAUAAAAACGCUCAUUAGGUUCAGUUAAUAUCUUUAUUUUCAUGUUCAUCGAUACGAGGCUGUAUGCACGUACAGUAGAACUUGACAUGAUUGUGUGUUGUCAUACAUUGAAUACCUGCAUUGUCUUACAAAAAUUAUCCCAUCAUUUAUAUUCAAAAAGUGAAUUAGUGACCAUUGUUCGAAUAAUUCCAUAAAACUUAUAAAGGGGUGUGGAGCCAUUUCACAUAACUUAUGAUAAGUUCUACUGUAGGUGCAAAAUUUUAAAGGCUAGUCACAAGCGAAGAGAAAUGAUAGGUUAUGUAAUAACUGGAAUAACUUUUGUGAAAGUGUGCGGUUUCAGCAGGGAAAAUAAAUGUAAAUACAGUGUAAGCUCAUAAGUUAAGGGAAAUUAAAUGAUGGCGCUUUCUGCUUCGAUAUGAAUCAAUCAUCAGCACAAAUGUAUCAUGGGUUUUACAAAAAACAGACAAAAAAAAUUUCAACAGUUUUUUAUUUAAUGAAUGGUAUUUUGCAUUCAAAGUUCUUUCAUUGCUAUUGCUAGUCUUCUUAGUUAGGACUGUGCAUCUAGCGACUGUGUAAUGUUCUCUCGGCAUUGGAGAGAGUUUUUUUUGCAUUUUUGGGGUUUUUCGAACUUGCCACCAUUACGACUUUCUACAGAGAUAGAUUCAAGGACAAGAGAGUAUUACAGCCUUGUGGAUAGAUGUACAAAUAUGUUUAAAAACUUGUAAAAUUGAGUGCCCAUUAUAAUUUCAACAAUUUUGGUAGUAAAUAAAUUUUUAAUAAAUGAGUUCUUCUCUCAAUCUGGCGACUGACGAAUUCAGCACUUUCUGGAUUUAUGUUUUUGGUGCAUGAAAAAAAAUCAAGAAAAAUUACUGUUCUGACAUAGUAGAUGUGUUUAUUCAUUAAUUGCAUUUUGUUCGUCUUCAACCUGAAAAAUCAGUUGGUCAGUUGGUAGCCGAAAUUCUCCAGUCCUAUAAAAUAAACCUAACUUUCUGUACGAUAGUCAAAUAACUUUUCUUGAUUUUUUUUCUCCUAUUAUCUAAAUAGGAAUGAAAAAAAAUGUUGCCUACUUUAAUUUAAUGAUAUUCGUAAAGCCUGACUUCUCUGGAGAUGAAUUAUUUUUUCUUUCCUAUUGAUCUGAGAUUAAAUUUUUGUCGUAUUUUUUUUAAUGGGCCUAACUCUGUCCCUCAAGGUAAUUUAUUUUGUGCAAUGAAGAUUUUGUACAUAGAAAAACGUGGGAACGUAACUUAAAUGAUGCCUUUAUUUAUUAUAGAAUAGCGAACAAUUUGAAAUUAAGAUUUUUCUCCAUUGACCUGUAAAAUGUUAUGAGAAUUGUGCGAAAAUAUUCACCAGAAGUGAAAUCAAUUUUAGUGAAUCAAACACAAAAUAGUGUUGCAACAUUAUUCCACAAAAAUAAAAACGACGAAAAAUUUUCAAAAAUAAUGAAAAAUUCAAAAAAAAUAUUCCUAGAAAUGAAAUUAUCUUGGCAGCUGUAGAAGAAAUCAGUAGAAUGUUAAAUAACUUAUCAAUUGCAUAUGAUACAUAACGACGAAAAUUGUUCAAAUGGGCAUGAUCCAAAAGAGAAAUGACUUAUGACGUGAAUACUUCUUAUAUUGUCCAACCUCAAUGAUCAUCUUUUACAUAUGUGGGAACUAGAAAAAGUUUCAGAUUAUUUGAGCUGUAAUGUUUUAUCGUUUUGUAUAAAAAAUGGAUUUAGCCGUUAAAUAAUGGAUUCAGAUCUACAAAGGCAGGUGUAAGAAAACGUAAUAAUGGACUGCGCUGACACAGAAUGAUUUUAUGAGGAUGCGAAUAUUUCGUACGAUGUAUUGUUACAGUGAACAUAUUAUGGAAAAUAUGACGAUGAACAGCAAAGUGAAACAAUAGAUUUAUUUAAAUAA